AAAAGCAAACACUGACCAACAAAUGUAGUUCAACAAAAGACAGACAAGGCAACCCAAUACCAUCAGGAAACUCCUUGGGGGGCCCCUCGCAGACCCCCAAGUCUAAAGUGGUUCAGUCAUUCCCAGUCACUGUGGAGGACAUAUCUCACCAGAAAAAUUAAAAAAUCCAGAGCCUUCUAUAAGGAUGGAAUAAACAUGGAGGAAGAAUCAAAAAUUGCAAUAGGCAACAUUCUGGAAGAUUUCUAUAAAUGAUCAAAUGUAGGGCGCCAAGGCGCCACAACCCUGCUAUCAUUUCCUGCCUCUCAAGCAGCUUUGGCCCCGCCCCGAGGCGCUUGGCGCACUUUCCCGCUUUCCCGCAUGGCACGAUCCAGCCGCCAAUCGUGAGCUGAUGCGUAAGAUCAGGAGCAGCCAGAGCCAUUCAGACUCGGACAUGUCUCAGGCUUUGUUCUGCACUGCUUAUAAGCCGUGCACGCCAGGGUCCGGGGUCCUUCACCAUCAACCUCAAGUUGUGCACUCCCAAUAAAAUUACGUUCUGAGAAGAAUCCUGUUGUGGUCAUCUCUUCUGCUGGCGGACGCGGUGUGCCACAAGUGGUGCCGAAACCCGAGACUUUGACAUCUGGGCACCGUGCAAGGACCCCCGGCUCAUCGGGAAGGAUUCAGAACUUAGGCGUAUGGAGCGGCGGUACCGGACCAAGACAAUCCUGUUUGGGUGCCGGAAAGACUGACUCGAGUGCUACGCCAUGAAGACCUUCAUAAUAGUGCUGAGCCUGAUGGUGAUCCGCACAAUCGUCGCCAAGAAGAUGACGCUGUGGGCAGUGACCAGAACCUGGCCCAUCCCGAUGCCAGUGCAUGCUAAUUCCAGUGCUCUUCCGGUAAUUUUUUUCUACAUCCUGCGAUAUGGAUGUGCCCUGCAUGAUUCCUAUUGGUGGUAAUCCACAAUGCUUUAAUGCUUCUAAGAUUAACUUGUUAGGUUCCUAUUGUUUUUCCCUGAACAACGCCAACUGCAUUCUAUUAAGAAAGAGAAAUAUUACUGCCUGGUUAAAUCCUCUUCAGAAUUCUAGGGUCUCUGUCGGAACGAUAUUUUCCGUCCUGACACAGGAUACUCAAGGACAGCAUACAGGCAACGGCAGUGAUGAAAAUGGCUCAAACGCAGUAAAUAUUACCACCCUAGCCAUUACAAGCACUGCGCGCGUACCCCAACCUUAUGAUGGGACCCAGAUUGGCACUCAAUUUACAGCUUCGCCCCAUUGUGAACCAGAUACCUCAUUUCCCCCGGUUUUUACCAUAUGCCAAAGCAAAUCGUGGGAGAAAAAAAUCAGUUAGUGAGGGUUUUACUAUGUCACCCCCACUAAAGCGAUUUGUAUGGGGAAGAGGAAAUGCUUCAAGUGUUGGAGAUGGUUGGCCUUGGUUUCAAUGGCUUGUCUCUAAUGAGGCCGGUGCCGUGUCUGAUAUUUCCGCCUUGGUUCGGACCGAUGACGUAGUACAUAAGAUGCUGAACAUCUCAGGAACAGUAAAAACUGGGCGAUUAUAUAAUAUCACUGUUAAUAGAGAGAAGUCUAACGCCAUUUAUUCCAGGGUUGAGGUGUGUGUACAGGCACCUUUUGCGUUUUUACUUGUGAGUUCCGCUAAUCACAUUGUAAAUUGUGCUGAAGAUCAAUGCUGGCUUGCAGAAUCCUGGUCAACUGCAGUGGUCAUGAAGGUGCCUACUAUAGUUCCCAUUCCAGUGGAAGUAGAUCCGGAUACUUUUCCGCUGAUGACCUUGCUAAGGGAACGUAGGAACUUUGGUAUUACUUCUGCAAUAGUGGCUGCCAUAGUCUUUUUGGCAGGCAGCGCUAUAACUGCGGCAGUGGUUAUGGCCAAUCAAAUACAAACGGCACAAAUCAUUAACAAAGUUGUGGAACAAACUUCAAGGGUCCUCGAGACCCAAAAUGUGGUUAACAAACAUUUGCUGUCAGGCAUUGUGGCAGCUAAUCAAAGAAUAGAUUUAGUGCAAGUACAAGUAGGAGAAUUAUAUAGUUUGAUACAAGUAGGAUGCAUUUCACAAAUGAAACAUAUGUGCAUAACCCCUUUGAGAUUUAUUGAUGCAGGAAAUAAGAGCAAAAGGCUGGGAGACUAUUUAGCUGGAAACUGGUCGCGAGAGGCAGAACAACUCAUUCAGCAGCAGCUGGUCCAAAUUGCUGAACUUAAUGGAACCCGUGUUGCUCCUGUUACCCUCAAAGAACUGACCUCUUGGUUGACUUCAGUUCUCACCUUCUUUAAGGAAUGGGUUGGGGUGGGAUUGUUUGGCGCUUUAAUAUGCCUGGGCGUUUUCCUGUGUCUGUGGCUACUGUACCGUCUCCAAGCGUUGACAGGCUCGAGAUAAAGCUGUGAUCGUUCAGGCGCUGGCAGCGAUUGAUCAGGGCAUCUCCCCCUAGGUAUGGCUUGCCAGCCUUAAGAGGGAUUUGUGAGGCCUCAGCCCUUGCAUCCAGCGACAUUAUUGUCAUUACAUCUGGUAGGGUGGGGCUCUUGCAGAAAGCCAAUGGCCUUUGCACCCCGAUUGGCCUUGCUGCCCUUGCACUCGGGAAGGCGUUGGCAGCCAAUGGCCUUUGCACCCCAAUCGGCCUUGUUGCCCUUGCACUUGGGAAGACAUUGGCAGCCAAUGGCCUUUGCACCACAAUCGGCCUUGUUGCCCUUGCACUUGGGAAGGCAUUGGCAUCCUUUCCCUCCGGAACCACUGUCCUUGAUCAGUUGGAGCAUCAUGAGGUUCCGACCUGAUCGGAUAUGU